AGGUGACCAACGUGGUACCCGUGGAUCAACGUGUGUACACAAGUGUGAUGAAAGUUUAUUGCAUUUAGCGACAACGUCAAGAAAACUAACUGAAAAAGAGAAUGGGGGAGUUCAAGGUGCACAGAGUCCGGUUCUUUGACUACAUGCCUACUGGAAUCAGGACCAUCGCAUUCAACCGGCAGACAGAGAAGAUAGCUGUCGCCAGAAUCGAUGGCUCUGUGGAGAUUUUCAAGUUGUCUGACAACUUGUUUCAGGAAAAGGUUAUCCCCGGGAAAGAAAACCGAGCUAUCGAGGCUUUGUGUUGGGUGGGCGACAGACUGUUCAGCGCUGGUCUAAGUGGAGAAAUAAUUGAGUUCGACCUGCAGAGCUUGAAGCCAAAAUAUACAAUUGAUGCCUACGGUGGUCCUAUCUGGACCAUAGCAGCCAACCCUGAAGGAACACAUCUCGCUGCGGGAUGUGAGGAUGGAACAGUGAAACUGUUUGAGGUUCUGGAGGAAAAGAUCCAAUUUGAAAGAAACCUAGACCGAAAGAAAGGUCGAGUGCUGUCUUUGUCAUGGCACCCCUCUGGCACCAGGAUUGCUGCGGGAAUGAUGGACAUGAUCAGGGUGUUUGAUGUUCAGACUGGCCGCGUGGUGCACAGGCUGCUGGUGGACAAGGUGUCGGGGGCGCCGCGUAAGGAGGAGUGCGUGGUGUGGAGCGUGGUGUACCUGUCCGACGGCACCGUCGUCAGCGGAGACUCCUCCGGCAGGGUGAAGGUGUGGGACUCGCACACCGGCACGCUCGUCAAGAAUCACGACGUGACCAAGUGGGAUGUUCUAGCACUUUCUGUCUCACAGGAUGAGACCAGUCUCGUUGCUGGAACAUCAGAAGGAACCGUGGUGCAGUUCCAGGCCCUCUCCUCGGUUCUGGGAGAGGAGGACAAGGAGUGGGUCAGAACCAGAACCUUCAAGAACCACACCCACGACGUGCGGUCUGUAGUGGAGGCGGAGACCUGCGUCAUAUCAGGAGGUAUGGACACCCAGCUGGUGGUGAUGCCCCUGCUGAAUAAGCACGAUGUCAAGUCUCAGGCCUCCGCACUCCGAAAAAUAGAGUUCCCACGCCGGAGGCUGGUGUCCUGUGCUAAGAAGGCCCAGCUGGUCCUCUUCCAGUACCCGUCCCACCUGGACCUCUGGAGGCUGGGGGAGAGCCAAGGAGAAGGUAUGCCAGGCGACAAGCUGCCAGUCAGACGGAACCCAGAGAAGCUCCUGCAACUGAAGACCAAGGGAGAGGAGCAUGUGUGCUGCAGUGCUGUGUCUCCAUGUGGAGGGUGGUUGGCCUACUCCACCUCAUCCAGCCUGCGCCUCUACAAGCUCCACUAUGAGAACAACAACAUCUCCAUCACCAAGGUGUCUAAGCUGCCAAAGGUACUGCGCUGGGCCAAUCAGCUGUGUUUCUCUGCUGACUCCACGCACCUGUUUGCUGUGUCGGCCCGUGCCUCUGUGCACAUGGUGUCCCUCGGCCCAGACAGCUGCAAACACAAACACACCUUCAAGCCCAAGACAGGUUCACCAGAGCCCAUACAUCUCCUCACCGUCAGUGAAGACGGCCAGUGGCUGGCCACAGCCAACAGUGACUCUGAAAUCAGUAUUUAUAGCCUGCCCACACUUAAGAGCCACUGCACGGUACCCGUCUACAGGUCAGGGGUCACUGCCAUGGCGAUUAACCCGGCGACCAACAACCUGGUGAUGGCACAUGCAGACCAGCAGAUCUUUGAGUUCUCCAUUGAGCAGAAGCAGUACACCGAUUGGAGCAGGAAGGUGCAGAGGGAGGGGCUACACUUCAAAUGGUUGGAGAGGGACACGCCCAUCACCAAUGUGACCUUUAACUCCAGAAACCCCGCCCACAUCAUCCUGCAUGACAUGUACCAGUUCUCUGUCAUCGACCAAACCUUGCCUCUCCCAGACAGGACGGCCCAGUUCUACAACCAGCUGACCCUCAAGAGUCUUCCCGAGCAGGAGAGACAAACGCGCUGCCACGCAUUCAAAGUCUGCAAACUCUUCCAGCCCCUGCUGUGUGUGGACAUGCUGGAGGAUGAGUCUCUGGUGGUGGUAGAGCGCUCCCUGCUGGACAUUAAGGCUCAGCUCCCCGCACCCGUCAAACAGAAGAAGUUCGCCACAUAAUGCUGUCCCUGUGCUUGUAUCUGAGUGGAAAUGUGUGUUUGUGUGUGGGUGAGAGAGAUGGACUAUGUGUGUGUGUUUGAGACUUCAGGUGCGUGUGGUUAAAUGCUUUGUAUUUUACAUAGUAUACAGUAAUAAAUUAACUAUUUACUGUAA